CGUCCGUCCGGCAUGUCUUGUUUACGGUGAGGUUGGAAUACUACGCUGUGGUUCAGCUAACCGUGUCAGAGGGACAAGGAAGAGAAAGAGACAGAGCAAAGGGAUGUUGACUUGUUCCUCUGACCCGCUCCCCCAGAUAGUUUGUCCAAUGGAUGAAGAUGCUAUUCCCCCAAACAGUUUUUUUAGUACACCUCCCCACAGUGAACCUCCACCACCUCUCCUCCCCCUUUCCUCCAUCACUCCCAGCAGCUGUGCAAAUGAUGGAAUAUCAGGACACAGAAGGAGUUGUCGUAUUCAAGCACAAAGCCCUAAUAAGCAGAGCAAUACAGGCAGUGAAUCAACGCAGAGACCAUCAAGAGACAAUCCGUCACCCUCAAAGAGACAGAGGGACACAGGCAGCAUGGUACAAGUGCCCCACUCUGAGCAGCCAAGAGCUGAAAGCACACAUGAACAUGAGAAACAAAAAGAGGAAGGGUGUGACUUCAGUUUUACAGCGGAGCAGAACAACAUGCAGUCAACGGACCAAGGGAGUUCACAGAAUAAACCAAAUGUCCCUGCUGCAGGAACUAUAGAAGAGCAGUUUGCUGAUAGUACCAUACAGAACCAUGCCACCACUGAACCUGCCAUGGACACGUGUGGUGGACUGUCAGUUGGACACAGUGUUGAAAAUGCGUCUGUCCCAAAAGGAUGGGUGAUUGGCCCCUUGAUUCAGUCAUUCAAGUCAAAGAUGGCCAGUUUCACAGAGAUCGUCAUGAGUCCUGUGAAACUCUUCCGAGCUAAUAGUCCUCCCCCCUCCACAGACCAUCCAGAAAAGUUUGAUGAGUGUGAGCUACAGCCUUGUGGGACAUCUGAUGGGGAUCUCUCAAAGCAGAAUGACAUUUUUCGUGUACUCCCACAAAGAGAGAAUGGGAAUCAGGACGUUGUUGAAGGGGAAGAUGCACAAAACACAGAAACUGUAAAAUAUUCUAAAAGAUUAUCAUUUGAAGUGGAGUGGUCCACAAGGCCUGAACUGCAAGUUGAAUGUUUAAUGACUGAGAAAGAAAGAGACUUCCCUGACCCUGUGCCUUUGCAACACAGUCCCUUACCCCACUUUAUGUCUGAGGAAGUUUCAGAUUCUGUAAUUCUACAACCCUCUUUCCGUGGAAGUGCCUCACACGAUACAGCGGUGGAGAUAACCACAUCUGUGGAGGACCAGAAGGACAACCUAGCUGUCCGACGGAAACCACAGCCAAGGAAACGUACAGGAAGAAGAAUUGCCUCUAAGCCUGUAGCAUCUGAAGUCAGAAAGGAGACUCACUCAGAGGUUAUCAAUGAGCAGCUUUCUCACAUUAAUUUAGUAAAAUCAAAUGAUGACAAGUCCCCGUCAUUAUCUUCUUCAGGCUCUUAUUCUCAGCCUGACAAGGACUCUCCUCACCUUAACGGGGAAGACAACGACGACAGAAAAAUAGAAAGUUGCGGUCUAGUUCGUCCUACCAUCCGAAAAAAUAUAAAUGACUGUGCCAAAGGACGGACUUUGAAGCCUACUUUGGAAACUCUGCAGCUGAAGUCUACGCUUGAACCUGAAACCACUUCAGCUGCAGAUCUGGGGAGAGGGAAGAGAGAGCGGAAACCAAAUUUGAAUUACCAGGACUUUAAGAGAAAAAGAACGACUGCGGAUACAAAGGCUCCCAAAACACAAGAGUUAUCGACUGUGGCUCCGGACGGUGGCAUGCUGACAGGGGUUCUAUCACCAAGAACGGAAGGUGAUUGUACAAAUAACUGUGUGGAUAUUGAAGCUACCCUAAAGCCAGCUAGAAAAAGACCCGCUGUUACAACAAGAGCAAAUUCAAAAGGGAAAGGUGCACAAGAAAUACUUGCUGCAAUAAAUGAAGAAGUGCUAAAUGUACAGAGUAAAAAUUCCCCUGAUGCGAUGAUGGAUUGUUCAGUGGAUACAAGUGGUGUGGCAAAAAACAUCCAGAAGGGCAUAAAAAGAAAGACGACCUCCUGUGGUUUAAGCAAAAGACUGAAGACAACUACAGAUCUUUGUAAAUCUGAUAGAAACACAGAUAAUAGAAUGGAUCUUGAAACAACUGUUGCUAUCACCCAACCCAAGCAGGACCUUCUGUCAGAAGUCCUUUUCCGUCCUGAUAUAAAGCAGCUCCAGAGCCCGAGCAGGAGCAGGCUUAUAAAAAAGAAACCACUAAAAAGGAAAUCACCAAACCAAGCGGGUUCAACCACAGAAUCAGAUGGCACAACAGAUUCUACCUCAUCUUUAACACUUUUAGCGACGCCGUUAGAACUCACACCCACAGAUUUGAAUGCCUCUCAGAAGGAAGAGAGCAGGAAAAUGGAGCCUUACAAGCCGUCCAAGAGACCAAAUAAAGGUUUAAGAAGUGCUGUUAAAUCAUCUGGGUCUGCUGGGAAUGGUGAGUCAAAGCAAUGUAUCCAAAAUGUUCGUUUGACAACCAAAGAGAACCAUUGUGAGGAAAGCAAAGCUAAAAUGGCAGUGGACCCGGUGUAUUUUGAAAUGACACCUUCAGAAAGUUCACUUCAACCCGUUUCUGCGCCUCCCCAAAAUCAGUUGGACUGUUAUGUAAAAUUAGAUUAUAUUGUCGAGCCUGUUGUGGAUGAAAAAGAAAAGAGAUCUACUGUGGCAGAUGAAGUUUUUCCCACAGAUGCUGAAGCCAGUUUCAGCAGCAACACCAUCCUCUCUAGUCUAAGGUCUACAGCAAGAGGGGUUACCUUCAGGCCCAGGAGAGCAGAUAAGAAAAGGACAAGGUGUAGGGUUUUCCAGAGUAGAAAACAAAAAGGUGCAGAGGUGACCAGCUCGAUCACUAUGGAAGACGCAGACCUGGCUACACGCUCAUCAGAGAGCAGCCCCUCAAGGAGCCUGUUACGCAGCUACUCCUGCCCAGAGAUCCCUUCUAUCCGUCACCAUGACACGACCUGGACCUCAGCUCUGAAUUCGCCUCAUUACAGGAGGAUUUACACACCACACCAGCAUCAGUCCUCACAAUCGCCCUUUGUCCAUCACUCCCACAAAUCCCUGCGGAGGGCUCGUCGACACACGGUCUGCAGUCUAGAAGUGGAGAGGGAGAUCGCCCCUCUCUGCCUCCGUAAGGAGGUGUACCCAUCCAGAAGAUCUGUCCCGUACGACUCCUCCACCCAGCACCUGUCUCCAAGUCUUGCACAUUCUCCCUCCACUUCCCUCACAGCACUUGCAUCAUAUUUCCUCUCAAGCCCCCUGGCUUUCCUCUCCAAGAAGUCAGACAGCAGAGGAGCUGCAGUCAGCCCAAGCACUUCCUCCCAUGCUUCCUCUCCUUCGUCCUCUUUGAUUUACCCGCAGAGCCCCUUCACAUGGCGCCUCCCGGGAUUCCUCCAAAGAACUGAUUCCUCCAGUGCUACCAUGGACUCUAGUAGCAGUGGGAAUCCCAUGGAGUGUGAAAUUGAGAGAAGAGGACAGAGUGAAGAAGAGGAUGACGGUGAAGACACAAGCUCAUCCAGUCAGGAGUUUGAAGAUGUAGCACUGAGGGAGGAAAAGGCUUUCUCUGAUUCUGAAAUCAAGAUGGUGCAGAAACUUGAGGAACGAGGGAAGGUGUCAUCUAUAAGAAUUCGGAAAACGUUACCCAAACCUCAGAACAACCUGACACCCAUGGGCCUGCCCAAACCCAUCAGGCUGAAAAAGAAGGAGUUUAGUUUGGAGGAAAUUUACACCAAUAAGAAUUUCAGCAAACCACCUGAAAGCCGCCUGGAGACUAUAUUUGAGAUGCCUCUCAAUCGCCGAAAUGGCUCCGAGUCCUUGUUCGGCCAGAGGCGUUUCAAACGAUUUUUGGAGUUUCUGGAGGUAGGAGAGACCAGGAGACCAAAGAAGCCUCUUGUUGGUGUUGUAAAGUCCGGUAACUCAUCCUCCAGGACUCGACGAGGGGGCUUCCCUAAAGACGAACCGUCCUUCAGCGUGCAGGAUGUGGACUCGCUUCUCUGUGCCAAGCUCGAUCAGCUGAAUUUGUGGUUGAUGCACGAUCAGGAAGACAGCUGACAGACUUCUAUUCAAAGUUUGAAUAAUGGCUGCCAUUAAAGAACACAGUGCAAGAGAU